AUGGCAGAAGAGAACGACCGGGAGGCUGGUGAGUUCAAAGAGGUGGAAAUCAGAUGCACAGAUGCGCAAAGAGAGGUGAUCACCGCCGAAUCGAUGCCAAACUCGUUGAUUAACGUGAUCUCGGGACCCGGAACAGGAAAAACAACAACACUAUGCAACAGAAUUGCCUAUCUGCUUGGCACAGGAGUGAGGCCGUCGGAGAUUAUUGUGUUCAGCUUGACAAACCAGUCGGUUAAUGACGUGAAAAAUACGUUGGCAGGCAUUCUCGGAGACACGUUGGCGGCGGGCGUGCAAAUAACUACCAUCCACUCAUGCGCAAACAAGCUUGUGUCGCUCAACUCUGCGUACUGGCAGGUCACCCGUGACAAGAGCAGCUUGGAUCCGAAGAUACUGGACUCUUUGCUUCGGUCGUUGACGGUUCCGGACCUCAGGAAAGAGCGCAACGGCUCUCUUGUUGGGAAAGACAACUCUCUUGCUGCCAAAUUGAGCAGCCAGGAAAUCAGAAAAAUCAAGAUGACGAAUCCAACUCUGUAUAAGAAGCUGUUGGGCUAUGAAAACCCUGGAAUUUCUACUUUGGUGAAGUCUGAUAACGUCUUGUACGAUAAAAUUGUGUAUGAAGCCACAAAAAUGUUGCACAGAAACCAUACCAGCAUGCAAGCCUCUACGACCGACGUUGCAAGCACCAAUGUAAAUAUACCCGCUAGCAUCACGAAUGUCAAAGAAGUGAUUGUGGAUGAGUUUCAAGACAUUUCCUCUGUGUUGCUAGACUUCAUUUUAGAGAUCUCCAGGGGUAGACAGCUAACAGUGGCCGGCGACAUCGACCAAUCUCUCUACACCUUUAAUGGUGCCACUCCAGACGAAAACAUCAAGGCUAUAUUACCAAUAUACAAGCAAGAUGGAUACAAUUUGAAAGAAAUCAUACUUGACGAAACGUUUCGUUUUUCAAAAAGCAUACACAAGCUUUCUCUCAACUUAUUGGGAACGGAGUAUUCCCUAAUCAAAAACACUGUAGAGGAGGAACCAAUAAACAUAAUCCGAGAAGAGUUUUUUAGUACAGCUGAUGAGUUCGAAUUUGUAUAUAAAGAAAUCAACGAUUUAAUCGAUGCUUCCAAAGGCUUUCUUUCCCCAAAAAAUUUUGCAGUGCUAUCCAACAAAAACUUCAUUUUAGACAGAUUCAAAGAGUAUUCUGACAACAAAAACUCCAAUCUCAAAGUCAAACGUAUAUUUGGCUCCCAAAAAUGGCUAGAUACAAAGGCGUCUUCAAUAGUAUCAUUUCUGCAACUUCUUGAUAACCCUCACAGCGACCCAUCCAUGCUUGUCGCUAUCAGUUUCUUGGAUGGAAUUGGCCCCAAGAUGACAAUGCAAAUAAAAAAAGAAGCAGAAGAUCAUGGAAACUCUAUUUAUGACUACCUUAUUAGCUCCGAGAAGUAUGCUAAGAAAAUUGAUCGGAACUUGUUCAGUCGUUUGGAAAAGUUGACAGGCGACGUAGACAGAACAGACCCCAGCUCUAUUGUUGUCUGUCUGAUAGAAAUAGGUAAUCUUUUCAACUUUCCUAAACUCCUAGGCACAGAGGUUGCACAUGCUCAGUAUAACAAAAUCCUUAAAGAGCUCUUCGAAAACCUUAAAGUACUAAAAGUGAUCCAUCCGUCUGAUGUAGACUUACUGUCAUACUUUCUGAGCAACUACCAAGAAGAGUUUUUAAAAGAAAGUGAUUUGGAGACGCUGGAUACAGAUAGCGUCGAUGAUUUUGUCACUGUUUCCACCAUUCACGGUGCAAAAGGGCUUCAGUGGGACAUUGUUUUCGUUCUGUCAAACUUAGAUUUUUCUAACCUUGCAUCGUUCCCACUAAAUUCUAGGACAAACUAUGUUGCUGCAACGAGAGCUAGACAGUUACUGUAUUUGAAUAAGGCUGUCACUGAGAAAAUGCUUUACGUGGAUACAUAUAAACGGGAUGAGGCAGAUCAGAGUACAGUGAAAGUAAACUAUAGGAAAACUAUGGUCGACUAUAUUCCCGAGCUAAAGUUGAAAGCUCUUCCGAAUAAUCUCAAAGAGUUGCCGGAGUAUGAGAUGCCCAUUGGAAGAACUAAAAAUAUGGAACUCUUGGGGAGGCUUUUGGGAAACAUGGCAAAACGUAAUGUAUUACCUGUGCCGUCGUCUAUGAUGGGAGUAAUGACGCAUCUUAAAAAAUCAUGUAGAAAGUUGUAA